AUGCUGCGGUGCCACGUGGUCGCCGCCCACAUUCCCGGGGCCACCGGCUUCGGUCCCGGUGUCCUGCUGUCCGUCAGCUUCCGAGGUGUCCCCAGGAGAACCCAGGUGGUGCCCGAGGAGCGCAGCCUCACCUGGAAUGAGGAGCUGGUGUGGCCGCUGGACAUGUGUCCCCUGAGUGCCACGGACACGCUGGGCCUGCGCCUGCGGCGUGGGGACUGCCCACUGCCCCAGGGUGACCUGGGUGCCACCACGGUGUCGUUGGGCGAGCUGGUGGCCAACCCCAGCCUGCCGAUGGCCGUCAGGGACAUCCCACUGCUGGACCACCGGGACCGACCCACGGGGUGCACUGUCACCCUCCGCUGCUACCACGACCCGCGUGGCGCGGUCGAGGACGUCCCUGUCACCACCAUGCACGGCCAGGUGGCCCUGGAGCCACCGGGGGUGGCUCCCAAUGAGAGGAAAGAGGAUUUCCAGGUCCGGGUGAGGGUCAUCAAGGGCCGCCAGCUGCGGGGCAAUGACAUCAAACCCGUGGUGAAGGUGCAGAUCGGGAAGCAGAACUUCCGCAGCCGCAGCCGCAGCGGGAACAACCCCUACUUCAACGAGAAUUUCCGCCUGACGCCGGAGCAGCUGGUGGCACAGCCCAUCCACAUCCAGGUGCUCCGCUCACCAAACGCCUGCACCAAACCCGUCAUCGGCAUCUUCGAGCUCGAUGUUGGCACCAUCUACUCUGCCCCAGGGCGCAGUCUGAGCGGGAGGUGGCUGAGCCUGCAGCACCCGCGGCACCGCGACGGCCGCUCGCAGGGCUUCCUGCAGGUCAGCCUCAUGGUGCGCCGCGCCGGCGAGCGCGCCCAGGAGCAGGAGGUGCCGGCGGGGGACGAGGAUGUGGAGGCCAACCUGCUGCGGCCACCGCCCUGUGCCACCACGCUGCAGAUCCGCGUGUUCCGCGCCGAGGACCUGCCGCGGGGUGGGGACACCGGGAUGUGGCGUGGGGACAUCGGGAAUUGGGCGGAGCCGGCGCGGCCGUGCCUGGGCGGCGCCGCGGGUUCGCUGAAGGUGUCGGUGCGGGUCGGCUUUGCGGGCAGGACGCUCUGCACCCGCGGGGUGCCUGCCGAGGCCAGCCCCGAGUGGAACGAGGUUUUGUUCUUCCCCCUGCGGCUGCCCCCCAUCUGUGACGAGAUCCUGCUGGAAAUCCUGCGUGGGUCGUGCCGGAGCAAAACCGUGGGCAGGGCCACCCUGAGGCUGUCCCAAAUCUCCCGGGACCCUGACGAGCUUGAGGAGGGGACCCCCGGGUUCUUCCCCUCCUUCGGGCCCAGCUUCCUGCCCUUCUACGGCCCCCGGCCAGAUGCUGCCCGGGACUCGGGGCCGGUUUAUCGGGGCCGGCUGCUGCUGGAGCUCUGCACCCACAUGGGGACCCCGCCCGGGCGCCAGCGCGACCCCGUGGCCCCCGUGGACGCCGAGCGGGCACAGAGCCGCCUGCCCCGCUGCCAGCUGGGGCUCUGUGGGGUUUUCUACUCGACCACCACGGUGCCAGGCGGCCCCGAGGCGCUGAGCCUGGAGCUGGGCAUCGGCAGCGCCGCGGCCGCCACCGCGCCGGCCCUGCCCGUGUUCGACGGGAACCUCUACCACCACCUGCCGUGGUUUGGGGACAAACCGGUGGCUGCUGUCACCUCUCUGUGGGAGGACGCCGGACACCGCUGGGACAGCCUGAACCUCCUGCGGGCUCUGUGCCACCACCUGGAGAGGAACCUGGCCAAGCUGCAGGGACACAGCGGGGACACCGCCAGGGACAGCAGGAGGAAGCUGCUGCGGGACCUGGAACAGGACUGCGAGGCCACCUUGCAGUGCCUGGAGGAGCAGCCUGCCCUGACAGCCCUGGACCAGCAGCUGCGGAGCUGCCGGCGCCGCCUCCUGCUGCGGCUGCAGCGCGAGGCCAGGGCCGAUGGCCGGCACGGGGACACCCUGGGGACAGUGGCCCAGGGGUGGCUGCGGCGCGCGGCCGCGCUGGCCGUGGAGCCCCAGGCCGGUGUCCCCGACGUGCAGCUGUGGCUGCUGCGGGGCCAGCUCCGGGUGGCCUCAGCCCGUGUCCCCGCCACCGCUGUCCUGCACUCCCCGCGCGGCCCCGGCGCCUGCGGCCGCCUCUGCGGGAGGAUCCUCACCCUGUUCCUGGGCUGCGGGGACACCCAGGCCCAGGUGCGGGUCUGGCUGUGGCUGGGGCGAGUGGACGAGAGCGGCGAGCUGGUCCGGCUGCUCGGGGGGAGCCUGCGCUUCUACAGCGAGAUGUUCGAGAACCAGACGCGGCUGUUGGGGAAAUGGGGGCCCCGGAGGCUUUUGGGGCGCCCCGCGUUCUCCGACAGCUCCGGCCGGGCCGUGCCCCCCCCGGAUGAGCUGCGGCCCCCCAAGGGCUGGCGCUGGGACGGGCCCUGGAGCGUGGAGCGGCCGCGGCGGGUGCUGGCACGGGCGGAGGGCGCGGGGAGCGUGGUGCUGGAGGAGCUCUACGAGAACCAGAGCCGAGACCCCAGCGGGGGCUGGGCCAGCAUGGCCAGCACGGACGCCGUGAGUGGGGGACAGCGUGGGGACAGCGCGGGUGACACCAGAGUGUCGCGGCUCAGCGCCCGCCUGGUUUUGCAGAAGGGAGUGGCGGUGCCACCGAAGGAGGAGGUGGCAUGUCCCCAGGGCUGGCGUGUCACCAGUGACUGGCAAGUGGACAUGGAGGGGGCUGAGGAUGAGGAUGGUUGGCAGUACGGGGUGGGCACGGAGGAUGGCAGCCCCCCGUCAGCGUGGCACAGCAAGGGACAGCAGUGUCACACCCUCCGGCGUCGGCGCUGGGUCCGGGUCCGCCAAAGGGACAGCGACAGCUGGACACAGGAGCAGGACAUGGACACCUGCAGCACCCUGGUGACACACACGGGGACAGGGACGGCGGACCCCGAGGAGCUGUGGGAGGACGAGGCCUGGCAGCCCGAGUGUUUCUGGGGCUGCACCUUCCAGCCCAAGGUCCCGGCCGGUCCCCGGUGCCGCCGGCGGCGCUGGCAGCGCAGCCUGGUGCCCGCCGAGCCCGCGGCCGUGGCACCGCUCUUCCUGCUCCAGGGAGCCCCGGACGCCAAGGAGCUGGCCCAGGACAGUCCAGCGGUGGCCCUGCAGCAGCCGCCCCCCUUCAUCCUCUGCACCUUCGAACGGCCCGGCCGCUUCCAGCUCCGCUGUUACAUCUUCCAGGCGCUGGAUCUGGCGCCCGGCAGCGCCAGGACCUCCAUAGGUGGGACCCCCCACCCCCGGGUGCCACCCCACCUGCAGCCCGGGGCGCUGACAGUGUCGCUGUCCCCAGAUGCCACCGCGCACGUGUCCUUCGUGUCCCUGAGCCAGAGCACGAGGGUGGUGCGUGGGGUGCUGGACCCGCAGUGGGAGCAGACGCUGCUGUUCCCCCGGGUGCCGCUGUUCGGGGACCCCCGAGGCGUCCAGAAGGACCCCCCGGCCGUGGUGGUGGAGGUGUGUGACCAGCGGGGACAGGACACCGCGGUGCUCCUGGGCCGCUGUGUGUGCGCCCCGCGGGUCUGGCUGGACGCGGCGCUCCGGGAGCCGCCCCGGCUCCGGCCCCACCCGCUGCGGGGGCCGCGGGGCCCGGCCGGGGAGCUGCUGGCGGCCUUCGAGCUCGUGCGGGAGCCCGAGGACGGGUCCCCGGCUCCUCUCAGCCUCCCGCCCCUGAGGAAGGACGGGUUCGGCAUCCCCAAGGAGCUGCGGCCGCGCCUGCAGAGGGUGGCGCUGGAGGUGCUGGCCUGGGGGCUGCGGGGGCUGCGCGGGGCCGUGCGGGAGCCGCGGCUGGAGCUGCAGUGGGGGGAGCAGAGCCUGUGGACCCCCCCGAUCCAGGACAUGGCCGCCAACCCCAACUUCCCCAGCAACGCCUUCCUGCUCACCCUGGUGAGGGCGGGACGGGGGCGGGCAGCGGGCGCGGGUGGGGCCGCGGGUGACCGGGCUGUCCCCGCGCUGUCCCCGCAGGCGCUGCCCGAGGAGGAGCGGUUCGUGCCGCCCAUCCGCCUGCGGCUCUGGCACCGCGUGGGCACCGAGCGGCGGCUGCUGCUGGGCCAGGCCAGCGUCAGGGAGCUGGGCCGGUACCGCUGCCCCCCGCCCUGCCAGGAGCAGCUGCUGGGCUCCGGCAGGCCCGGCCAUGGCUCUGACACGGUUGUGUCAAUGCCAGAUGAGCUCCUUUCCGUGCCCGGCUCCUCCAGCCCCUGCAGACGCUGGUGUUCCCUGUUCCUGGCCACAGCCCCGGCCAGGAUGGCUCAGGACCUGCUGGGCUACCUCAGGAACAAGCGGGCUGAGGACGAGGAUGAGGCAGAUGAGGAGGAGGAGGAGGAGAGUGAGGACGAGGAUGAGGACAUGGAGGAGGAGGAGGAAGAGAGAGACUGGUGGAGCAAAUUCUACGCGUCCAUGGAGGACAAGGACCCCAAAUCCCCGUGGGGAACCAACGGGGACAGACUGAAGAUCUACGGCUGCGAGCUGGAGGCGGUGCCCGAGUUCGAGGGGCUGCAGGAUUUCUGCCAGACCUUCCCCCUCUCCAAACCCGGCCGUGCCCCCGAGCCCGUGGGCAGCUUCAAGGGGCUGUUCCGCAUCUACCCCGUGCCCGAGGAGGGCGGAGCCGCCCCCGGCCCGCGCUGCUUCCAGCGCCUGCCGCCCCGCCAGCCGCAGCCGUGCCUGGUGCGCGUCUACGUCGUGCGAGCCUUCGACCUGUCCCCCCGCGAUGUCACCGGGCUGAGCGAUCCCUACGUGCGGGUGGCGCUGGGCAAGAAGACGCUGGGACAGCGGGACCAGUACGUGCCCAACACCCUGGAGCCCGUCUUUGGCAGGAUGUUCGAGCUGACGGCCACCAUCCCCCUGGAGAAGGACCUGCGGGUGACAAUCAUGGACCACGACAAGGUGCCACCUGACCAGGAGAUUGGCAGCACCACCAUCGACCUGGAGGACCGGCUGCUGUCCCACCACCGUGCCCACUGCGGGCUGCCCACCCUGUACCACACCGCGGGCCCCGCGUGCUGGCGGGACCAGCUGUGCCCCAGCCGUGCCCUGGAGCUCCUGGCGGGCACCCGGGGGCUGCCCGGGCCCCGCUUCAGCCGCGGGGGCACCGCCCUGAGCCUGAGCGGGCAGCGCUUCGAGCUGCGCCACUUCGAGCGGGGCCACCCCCCGCCCCGACACGCCGGGGCCCCCCGGGAGCGCCUGGCCCUGCACGUGCUGAACCUGUGCGAGCUCGUCCCGGAGCACUUGGAGACCCGCGGGCUGCAGAGCCGCGCCCAGCCCGGCCUGGAGCAGGGCAAGGUGCAGAUGUGGGUGGACAUUUUCCCCACCAGCCUCGGCCCCCCUGGGCCCCCCGUGAACAUCGACCCCCGCAAGGCCGAGGGGUAUGAGCUGCGCUGCGUGGUGUGGAACGUGCGGGACACGGACCCUGGGGACGUCAACCUGCUGGGCCAGCGCAUGAGUGACAUCUACGUGUCCGGGUGGCUGGACGGGCUCCCCGAGCAGCGGCAGCACACUGACAUCCACUAUCGCUCCCGGAACGGCCGCGGCGCCUUCAACUGGCGCUUCGUGUUCCCCUUCGAGUUCCUGGCGGCCGAGAAGCUCUGCGCCAUCCACCGCAAGGAGCACGUGUGGAGUUUGGAUGAGACGCUGCUGAAGGUGCCGCCCAAGCUCAUCCUGCAGGUGUGGGACAAUGACAAGUUCAAGGCGGACGAUCUGCUGGGGAUCCUGGAGCUGGAGCUGACGCGGCUGCCCCGCCCGGCCCGCAGCGCCCGCCUGUGCCGGGCCACGCCUCAGGAGCUGCCCUGGUUCUCCUGGGCCUGGCUCUCCCUGCCCCGGUUCUUCCGGGCCCGGCUCUCCCGGGCCUGGCUCUCCCUGGCCCGCUUCUCCUGGCUCUGGCUCCCCCUGGCCCGGCUCUCCCGGCGCUGGUGCCGUGCCCCGGCGCGGCAGCGCCCGCCCCUGAACCUGUUCCGCAGGAGGAGGGCGCGGGGCUGGUGGCCCUGCACCAUGCACGAGGAAGGCAGCCAGCGGCUCUCGGGGAAGCUGGAGCUCAGCCUGGAGCUGCUGUCGGCGCAGGAGGCCGAGGAGCGGCCGGUGGGGAAGGGCCGGGAGGAGCCCAACAAGCACCCGACCCUGCCCGAGCCCAGGCGCCCCAAGUCCUCGUUCCUGUGGCUGACAUCUCCGCUGAGCCUCGUCCGCUACGGCGUCCGCUGGCGCUACCUGCUGUGGCUCGGCCUGGGGCUGGCGGCACUCCUGCUGCUCCUGCUGCUCCAUUCCUUCUUCCCGGGCACCCUCAAGGUGAAGGUGGCUGACCCGCGCCAGCUCCUGCCGGCCAAGGAGCAGCCGGGCACGAAGCCUCCCCUGACGGAGCGCUGA